UUCCACCAUUUAUUGAUUGUGAAUUAGGUCAAUAAGGCAGGUUCGGCCCCAAAUAGAGCUCUCACUCUCAAAAGUGGUACUUUUGUCGGAAGUUGAAUCCCAAGUCCCUAACCCUUGCUUGAGGCUCGAUGGUAUGCAUAAGGAAGGCAACGGUGGAUGACCUGCUGGCUAUGCAGGCAUGCAACCUCUUCUGCCUGCCAGAGAACUACCAGAUGAAAUACUACCUCUAUCACAUCCUCUCCUGGCCCCAGCUUCUCUACGUCGCCGAGGACUACAACGGCCGCAUCGUCGGCUACGUCCUCGCCAAGAUGGAAGAGGAGACUUCCGAGUGCCACGGCCACAUCACCUCCCUCGCCGUCCUCCGCACCCACCGCAAGCUUGGUCUUGCCACCAAGCUCAUGACGGCUGCUCAGAACGCCAUGGAACAGGUGUUUGGUGCUGAGUAUGUCUCCCUACAUGUCAGAAAGAGCAAUCGUGCUGCAUUUAAUUUGUACACAGAGACAUUAGGUUACAAGAUUCAUGAUGUGGAAGCGAAGUAUUAUGCAGAUGGGGAGGAUGCUUAUGACAUGAGGAAGCAGCUCAAGGGGAAGCAGACACAUCAGCAUCAGCAUCAUCAUAGUGGGGGUCAUCAUCAUCACCACCACCACCACCACCACCAUCACCAUCAUCAUCAUCAUGAGCAUGGUGGUGGCUGUUGUUCUAGUGAAGCAAAGGCAGAGAAGACAGAGACCAGAAAUGCAAAGGCCACCUGAUUGUGAGAGCAAUUUUCCUACAUUUUGUUUCUUUGGAUUUUGUUGUUGUUGUUAUGGAAGAAACUGGGUCAGUGGCCAGUUUUGAAUGGUCGAAAUGGGUUGUCAUUGUCUUCUGUACUUGUAGAUUUAUUGGUGUUUGUUGACGAUUUUGUCUUAAUAUGAACUUUUACUACUUUUACUUUAUGAUGCUUGAAUAGACAUGCUGCAUUUCAGCUUA